GUUCCUACCCAGGUUGAUCCUCAUACUGCUCUUUUAUAAUUCGUGAAUGGAUCUUGACAUCUUGUUGUCUGCUAGUUUAAGUUCUUGUCCUCGUUUAUACAUGAAGUAAUCAGGGCGGAUGCAGAUUUAUUAUUAGAUGGGGGCACACCAUUUUAUUUCAUUACGUCUAGUAGUAGGAUUAUGGAGCAUUUCUUAAAUUAAAAGUAAUUACUGCAGAAAAAUAAAAUUUAGCUGGGGGCAUGUGACCCCAUUACUCAUCACUUGCUUCCGCCACUGGAAGUAAUGCUUUGCUAACCAUGAUGUUCUCUCUUGUUAAUUGUUUUAAUAUUCUUCUUCUCGACUUAAUGUGUCGGACUUUCAUGAUUCUAUACAGGGUUUAAACCCGAUGCAAGUCGUUGGAGCGGUGGGAUUCCAGAAUCGUCGCCUUGAAAUCCCAGAUGAUAUUGAUCCAACGGUGGCAGAGAUAAUCCUGUGUAGCAAGUAGCUGUAUGAUAGUGUCAAUCAAUGUUCCGAAUUAGUACUCCGAACCCUGUGUGUUCAGCUAGCUUGUAGUGGUUUUAAAUUUACUAUAGAACCACAAUUGGUUAUAUAUGGAAGCCCUAUUUAGAACCCCCUCUUUGUAACUAUUAUGUUAUUUUUGCUACUUGUAACGACAAAAAUAGGUGAAUGAACAAGAGAAAAAGAAGAAGAUGAAAAGAAUACAAUAAGCCUACGGAGUUGGUAAAUGUUUAAACAUGUGGGGAUAUAACUUCCAAAUGAAAUAUAGAAAGGUUUGAUCUAUUUUAAAAAUGAAGCACUAACAGAAGUUUGUUACUUUGUUAGACUUGUCACUACCACUUCCGUUUUUCUGUUGCUUGCUAUUUAAACAAACCACUUCCCGUUUAUAUAUAGACCCCUAAGCCAACAUUUUUUAAAAGACAGAACAGCGCAAUGGAGUUCAGAAUCCGACUAACCACAGCAUUCACGUGGUGCCUUCUCAUCGCGUCAGUAUGCGUUCUAACCACAACAUCAGCAGCCCGGUUCGAAGUAAGAAACGAGAUCACAAAACACCAGGGACGAAACCGAAGCCUCACCGUCACCUGCUGGUCGACUACUAACAAAUUAGGCAAUCAAGAACUCAAACCGGGGGAAUCCAAAAGCUGGUCCUUCAAGCCAGUGUACAUCAAGAUACCGUUCCUCUACACACACUUCCAGUGCACCUUCUUCACCUCUUUUGGCUCGCCUUCUGGUCAGACCGCGACGGUUUUCGCCGGGGAGAGGAAGUUCAGGUGGCAGUGCGAUAAUCCGAAUGAGGAAGAGUGUAUUUGGGUGGUGAAGAGAGAAGGGCUAUAUCUUAGGAAGAUCUCAAGGGAUGGUAAAGGACAAAGGCUCUAUGAAGAUGAUUUGAAACUGUCUUGGAUCGGUGGUACUAACUACUAUCCGGUUAAAUAGCAUCCAUCCAUAACCUUAUUUAAAAUCAAAUACAUGCAAUGCGUGGAACUAUCCUUAGUAUAUAUAUAUAGCAAACCAACAAGGUUAAAUCU